AUGGCUACAUCCACUGCUAUUAAUCAUCGUCUUCUGGAAAGCGUUCGUGAUGAACCUAAGAGGAUGCUAGUACCCAUAUAUGGCUAUGAAGAAGUAACUGUUAAAUCUCUCGAAGAUGCAUGUGAACCAAUAAAAGACUUACUUGAUCACCAAUUGAAGCAAUAUAUAACCGUAGCGAAAAUGAAUUCCUCGGAUCCCGAAGAUAAACUCACUCAAGAUGAGUCAGCUUCCAUUCAUCUUUAUACUAUGGAAUGGACAAAACACGAUAAUAGUUUGUAUAUGAAGCUUAAUCAAACACUUCGUUUGGUUGAUCGUUCAAAAUUAAAGCCCUGGUUUAAAUAUUUAAAAUUGUUCUUAACUGCAUUUUUCAAAUUGCCACCAAGUAAAGACACGUUAGUUUGGCGUGGUGUUUGUGAAGAUCUUAGUGCGCUUUAUCCAAAGGGUAAAGAAUUUGCUUGGUGGGCGUUUACUUCUUGCACUACUUCAAUUAAUGUGCUCGAAUCUCCGAACUAUUUAGGAAAAUCAGGCACAAGAACAAUAUUUUCUAUUCAAACUAAUAGUGGAAAGCUCGUUCGUGCACAUUCAUAUUUUGACAAUGAAGAUGAAAUACUCUUACCACCAGGUAUAUAUCUUAAAGUAGUUAGCAGUUUGAAUCCAGCUGAUGGUUUACACAUUAUCCAUCUUCAAGAAAUUGAGCCACCGCAUAAAAUGCUUGCAGAUCCUUUCGAUCUCAACGAGCUAAAGCAUGCUUUACCUCCAACGAAACUGCCAGCACACACAGUAAAUCCACAGAAAGAAGAAGAAUAUAGUUCAUCAUCAAGUGUAAUAUCAGAACUAUCUGAACAACCAUUGUAUCCAUCAAUUUUUCAAUCACCUUAUCAAUCAUCUUUUCAACCACCGUAUGAAUCAUCUUUGCAACCACCGUAUGGAUCAUCUUUUCAACCAUCUUCCAAAAAAGGUAAGUUCAUUGUUUUUUCUUAG